CGGCGCGAGGCCGGGCGCCCGGGCUCGGCUUCCCUGGGGCCAUAUUUCACGCCUGACAGGAUCUUUGAAAAUACCCCCAGGGCAGCGGCUCAUUUGCAUGUUAAAGACUCACUGACACUUUAUGGAAAGUUCCAGGGCCGUUCUUUGCGGACAGAGUUGGGCUCCUAUAGGUCUCAGGACAUGGCCAGAAAGGCCCUCAAGCUUGCUUCAUGGACCAGCAUGGCUCUUGCUGCCUCUGGCAUCUACCUCUACAGUAACAAGUACUUGGACCCUAAUGACUUUGGCGCCGUCAGGGUGGGCAGAGCAGUUGCUACGACAGCUGUCAUCAGUUAUGACUACCUCACCUCCCUUAGGAGUGUCCCGUAUGGCUCAGAGGAGUAUGUGCAGCUCCGAUCCAAGGUGCACCUGCGCUCCGCCAGGCGUCUCCGGGAGCUCUGCUGUGCCAAUCGGGGCACCUUCAUCAAGGUGGGCCAGCACCUGGGGGCUCUGGAUUACCUGCUGCCAGAGGAGUACACCAGCACGCUGAAGGUGCUGCACAGCCAGGCCCCACAGAGCAGCAUGCCAGAGGUCCGCCAGGUCAUCCGCGAGGACCUGGGCAAGGAGAUCCAGGACUUGUUCGUGAGCUUUGAGGACACCCCUCUGGGGGCGGCCUCCUUGGCCCAGGUCCACAAGGCGGUGCUGCGCGACGGGCGGACGGUGGCCGUGAAGGUGCAGCACCCAAAGGUGCAGGCGCAGAGCUCCAAGGACCUUCUCCUGAUGGAGGUGCUCGUGCUGGCUGUGAAGCAGCUGUUCCCAGAGUUCGAGUUCAUGUGGCUGGUGGACGAAGCCAAGAAGAACCUGCCUUUGGAGCUGGACUUCCUCAAUGAAGGGAGGAACGCCGAGAAAGUGGCCCGGAUGCUCAAGCACUUUGACUUCUUAAAGGUCCCCCGGAUCUACUGGGAGCUGUCCACCAAGCGCGUGCUCCUCAUGGAGUUCGUGGACGGCGGCCAGGUCAACGAUCGAGACUACAUGGAGAAGAACGGAAUCGAUGUCAAUGAGAUCUCACGCCACCUGGGCAAGAUGUACAGUGAAAUGAUCUUUGUCAACGGCUUUGUACACUGCGAUCCCCAUCCCGGCAACGUGCUGGUGCGGAAGCGUCCGGACACGGGGAGGCCGGAGAUUGUCCUGCUGGACCAUGGACUCUACCAGGUGCUCACGGAUGAGUUCCGCCUGGAUUACUGCCGCCUCUGGCAGUCACUGAUCUGGACGGACAUGAAGAGGGUGAAGACGUACAGCGAGCGCCUGGGCGCCGGGGACCUCUACCCCUUGUUUGCCUGCAUGCUGACGGCCCGAUCUUGGGACUCAGUCAACAGGGGCAUCAGCCGAGCUCCGGUCACCGCCACAGAGGACUCGGAGAUCCGCAGCAACGCAGCCAACUACCUGCCGCAGAUCAGCCAGCUCCUCAACCGCGUGCCGCGCCAGAUGCUGCUCAUCUUCAAGACCAACGACCUGCUGCGGGGCAUCGAGGCCGCGCUGGGCACCCGUGCCAGCGCCAGCUCCUUCCUCAGCAUGUCGCGGUGCUGUGUCCGGGCGCUGGCCCAGCAUGAGAGGAGGAACACCUGCUCGUUCUUCAGACGGACCCAGAUCUCCUGCAGCGAGGCCUUCACCUUAUGGCAGAUCAGCCUUCAUGAACUCAUCCUGCACGUGAAGGGCUUCCGGCUGGCCCACUGGGUUUUUGCCCUGUUUGGCUGGCUUUGUCCUGCCCUGCUCUGAGUGGCCCAAGCUCUCCCUGACCCCUCUACGAUCUCUCUUCAUUUCCCAGUCUUUAGUCCUGUCCUCACCUAGUUGUCCUCUGUGUGCUACAUGGUGUCUGCAGCCCCAGGGUCAGUGGAGUGUCCACCCCACCUUGGAAUUCCUCUGGCCACACUGCAGUCCUCGUCUUAGGGCCCACAAGCAGUCGGUGGGAGACGUUUCUCUCCUGGUCCCAGGAGGAGGUGGAGGAGCCUCCUUCCCACUCCUGGUACGUGCCCCUCGCCUCCCCCAACCUUUUCUACCACGGGAAUGGACAGCCUGCACCACGGAGGGCACCUUUGACUUGUAGAAAUUUGAUUUUCUUGGAGGUGAGCCCAUCUGAACUUGCUGCCGAUCAGGUUCCCCCUGCUUGCCAUAUCACUCCGCAGAGGUGCCACACUGCUGGCAUGUGAGGGCGGGCUCUGUUGCAUCCGUGAGCCCAUGGCUGUCAUGAUGACCCCACCCCCCCCUUGAUGUUUUACAAGCCGUGUUUCAAUAAAAUCCCCUUCCCAGUGGCAGGGUUUGUCCAGUGUAACUCACUGGCCCACUACCCGACCCAACCACGUGCCCAUCCAGAGAGUGCCUGAGGCCCUGGCCAAGUUUGCUGUUCCUUUUGGUUGCUCAGGGUUUCCCAGGGAGGCCUUGGGAGAAUACAGUGGGAGCUUUCUUGGGGUUUUUAUUCCACCUUGAGAGUGAACCUGCACUGGCCAUUGAGUGAGCGCGAACCCAAGCGCUGAGAGCCUGCGCGAUGUCCUAGCUGACUUCUUACCCUGUGAUUCUGACUGUAGAAGCCACUUUCACUGUGGGGCCACUUCCUGCUUCUUGGAAGUGUCUUUCAUCUUCCGAGACCUGGGUUGAAUGAGUUAUGAAGCCAAGGCCAAGAAUGCAGAGGCUCAGCUAAACCCAGGACUUCGCUUCCCGCCUCGUUUCCUGUGACCAGGCACCUGCUGUGUUCUGCUGAUUGUUUCCAGAUUUGUCCCUCCGGUUCUCAUGUGAUGGCCCAGUUUCAGGCCUGGGGUUCUGCUUGGUCAUCUCCAGUCUUGCUGGAGACUUUGGUCCUGUUGCUGGAACCUGGGUCCCUGGGCUUCAGUUCCCAUUCUGCCAUCGAGUGUCACCUGUUUGAGCACCGUGUUCCUGCCCAUACCCCAGCUUGAGCAGCUCCUUUGUCUGGGACAGCUCCAGACUCCUGCUCUGACUGCUGUGUCUGUGUCACCUCCAGGCCUCCAGGGCCCCCCGACCCCAGAUCUGGCGUGUCCUCGCUCCCAGAGCACCUGCACUCUGUGGGAACAGCAUUUGAGUCUCUUUGAUCUUAUUUCAGUCCAUUUACAGGGCCAGGAAAGCUCUGCAUUUGAGCCUCAUUUUCUGUCCUCUUUAGUCUGAAAACAAGUAGAUUUUCUAGUGACCAGAGAUGAUUUGCAAUUCUUUUUUUUUAAAGAUUUAUUUUAUUUAUUUGAAAGUCAGAGUUAGAGAGAAGGAGAGGCAGAGAGAGGGGGGGGGGGUCUUCCAUCUACUGGUUCACCCCCCAAUUGGCUGCAACAGCGGGAGCUGCGCUGAUCUGAAGCCAGGAGCUAGGGGAUUCUUCUUGGUCCCCCAUGCAGGUGCAGGGGCCCAAGGACUUGGGCCAUCUUCUACUGCUUUCCCAGACCAUGGCAGAGAGCUGGAUUGGAAGAGGAGCAGCUGGGACUAGAACCGGUGCACAUAUUGGAUGCCGGCACUGUAGGCGGCAGCUUUAUCUGCUACGCACAGCACCAGCCCCUGCAAUUCUUUUAUUUCCUGAAAGAAGUAAUUGUUGUUAAUGACCAGUGGGAUGCAUCCGGGGACCUGAGAAAAUAAUUUGCAAGAUUUUUUAUGAAAAAAUGCAGGCUGCACGUGCUAUUUUAUGGAGUCCUUUAUAGCCUCUGAAGUAAAUAAAUCUCCUUUCCGUUCAGCCUAACGGUUACUUGCUUUGUGUGUUUGGCAGAAUGGUUGGCUUCCUCUGCCCUGGGAUUCGAAACCUUGGCACCCAGACGGUUUUCCGGGGAGAGCAGAGAGGUGAGGGGAGCUGGGGGCACAGGGUAGUUUGGGAAUGGGAGAGGAAGGGCUGGCCUUGUGGUGCCAGCAGCCUGCUGUGCUUCCAGUACAAGUCCACGUUAACGUGCCUGGAAAAAGCAGUAGAAGACGGGCCAACUACUUGGAACCCUGCCACCAACGUGAGAGACCCAGAUGCAGAUCCUGGCUCCUGGCUUUGGCCCGGCCCAAACCUGGCCAGUAAGACCAUUUGGGGGAGUGAACCAGUGCUUGGGAGACCUCUGUGUCUCUAUCUCUCCCUCUGUCUGUGUCACUAUGACUUUCAAAUAAUUAAAAAUAAAUCUUUAAAAAAAAAAGGAAAAGAAAGUAAAUGGGUUGGGA